AUGGGACAGGUUCAGGUAACACCUAAGACCCUGCUCCUGAACCACUUUCCUGAAAUCCGCGCCAAGGCUCGUAAUCAUGGUGUGGAAGUGAAGAAAGGUAAGUUUGAUACAUUCUGCUCUGCAGAAUGGCCUACUUUUAAUGUGGGCUGGCCCCCCCAGGGAACUUUUUCCCUAGACAUUAUUAAGAAGGUCCGAGAUAUUAUUAAUCGGCGCCAUCCGGACCAAUAUCCCUAUAUUUUGAUGUGGCAAGCCUUAGUAGAGAGUCCUCCCUCCUGGCUUAAGCCCUUUAUCCCCGACUGGCCUUUUUCUAGCAGUGAUCUGUACAACUGGAAGGCUCAAAACCCUCCUUUUUCUGAGGACCCGAAAGGUCUAACUGACCUGUUCGAGUCUGUCAUGCACACACACAGUCCCACUUGGGAUGAUUGCCAGCAGCUUCUUAAGACCUUAUUCACCACCGAGGAGCGCGAGCGAAUCCUCACCGAGGCCAGAAAAAAUGUCCCCGGCGACAACGGAAGACCGACGACCUUGCCGAACCUGAUAGACGAGCGCUUUCCCCUGAAUAGACCGGAUUGGGACUUUGGGAACGCAGAAGGUAGGGAGUGUCUCCGAGUCUACCGCCAGACUCUUAUGGCAGGUCUCCGAGCUGCGGCACGCCGCCCCACCAAUUUGGCCAAGGUAAAAGCUAUAAUGCAAGGGGAUAAUGAAAGCCCGGCCGUGUUUUUAGAACGCCUCUAUGAUGCUUACAGACAGUACACCCCGUUGGACCCCCUGGCAGAGGAAAACCAGUCGGCUGUAAUUAUGUCCUUUAUAAACCAGGCUGCCCCAGAUAUUAGGAAGAAAUUGUACAAACAGGAGGGACUGGGAGAAAUGUCUAUCCGGGAUUUAAUGAAAGUAGCGGAGAGAGUCUUCAACACUCGAGAGACUCCCGAAGAAAGGGAGGAUAGAAUUAGAAAAGAAAAUCAGGAAUUACAGGAACGAAUCAGGAAGGAAGACAGAGAGCAUCAGAGUAGGGAGAACAGGAGGCAGCAGAGGGAGAUGGCCAAGAUCUUGUUGGCAGGCGUGCAAAGCACAGUCAGGGUGGGACCGAGUCCGGCCGGACCAGCCCGACCGUGGAGACCGCGGCCCCGACUGGAUAGGGGACAGUGUGCAAACUGCAAAGAGUAUGGACAUUGGAAGAGGGAGUGCCCCAAGCGCCAGGGCCAAACAGGGCAAGACGCACGGGUCCUGCUGGCGGGGAUGGAGAGUGACUAGGGGAGACGGGACUCGGAUCCCCUCCCCGAGUCUUGGGUAACUGCGUAUGUGGAGGGGAAGCCAGUAGGAUUCCUGGUAGACACAGGAGCCCAGUACUCAGUUUUGAAUAAGCCCACAGAGCCCUUAUCUCAGAAAACCAGUUUGGUGCAAGGGGCAACUGGGUCCAAGGCUUAUCGGUGGACUAGUAGGCGCCAAGUAGACUUAGGCCGCCACCAAGUGACCCACUCCUUCCUAGUUAUCCUUGAAUGCCCUGCCCCCUUACUGGGGCGCGAUCUCCUGACUAAGAUCAGGGCUCAGAUCCAUUUUGAGCCGGAUGGCAUUAAGCUAUUGGAUGGCCAAGGACAGCCCCUCCACAUUUUGACCCUGUCUCUUGUGGAUGAACAUCGCCUGUUCGCCCUGCAGGACAACCCCUACAACCCUCCCUCUACAGAAUGGCCCCGUGAUAUGGAUUAUUGGCUUAAAACAUACCCUCAGGCGUGGGCGGAAAUAGCGGGUGUGGGCCGGGCGGCCCGCCGAGCACCAGUAGUGGUGGAACUUAAAGCCUCAGCCCAGCCUAUCCGGAUCCGCCAGUACCCCAUGUCUGCAGAGGCGCGGAAAGGGAUUGCCCCGCACAUUAACCGUUUACUGGAAGCUGGAAUACUGAAACCUUGCCAUUCUGCCUGGAACACCCCACUUCUCCCCGUUAAGAAACCGGGGGGAAAAGAUUAUAGGCCAGUCCAGGACUUGAGGGAAGUAAAUAAGAGGGUUGAAGACAUCCAUCCCACGGUCCCCAACCCUUAUACCUUACUAAGUCACUUGCCCCCUUCACAUGUCUGGUAUACUACCUUAGACCUAAAGGAUGCGUUUUUUAGCAUAGCCCUGGCACCCAGCAGCCAACACAUUUUUGCCUUCGAAUGGAAUGAUGGCAAUACGGGAACCCCCGGGCAGCUGACCUGGACUAGACUACCGCAAGGCUUCAAAAACUCUCCAACUCUGUUUAAUGAAGCCCUAAAUCAGGAUUUGGACUCGUUUCGCCAGAGCCAUAAUUCAGUUACGCUCCUGCAGUACGUAGAUGACUUGCUUCUGGCAGCCCCCUCCGAAGCUGAAUGCCGACAGGCCACUGGAGACCUCCUCCAGGAGCUGGGGCAGUUGGGCUAUCGGGCCAGUGCAAAGAAGGCUCAAAUAUGCAGGCAAACAGUCACCUACCUGGGGUAUAAACUAAAAGAAGGAGCCAGAUGGCUGACAGAGGCCAUGAAAGAGACUAUUCUUAGACUUCCAGUCCCGACCUCAGCACGAGAGGUCCGUGAGUUUUUAGGGACGACAGGCUACUGCCGGCUGUGGAUUUUGGGGUAUGCUGAAAUAGCAAAACCUCUGUAUGAGGCAACCAAGGAUAAGGUCCCUUGGGCCUGGGGGUCAGACCAACAGAAGGCCUACGAUGAACUCAAGGUCGCUCUCCUAAGAGCCCCGGCUCUGGCAUUGCCAGACCCCCUGAAGCCCUUCACUCUCUUUGUUGAUGAGAGGAGGGGAAUAGCGAAAGGGGUGCUAAUGCAGCGUCUGGGGCCCUGGAAACGCCCGGUUGCCUAUUUAUCCAAGAAGCUAGAUCCAGUUGCAGCAGGAUGGCCCCCGUGCUUAAGGAUCAUUGCGGCAGUAGCCCUAAUGGUGAAGGAUGCUGAUAAACUCACUUUUGGGCAACAUCUGAAGGUAGUAACCCCCCAUGCGAUCGAGGGGGUCCUGAAAUAUCCCCCUGGUAGGUGGAUGACUAAUGCCCGACUAACACAUUACCAAGGACUCUUGCUAGAUGCACCCCGGAUCAUCUUCGCUGAACCCACCGCUCUGAAUCCAGCCACCCUGCUGCCGACCCCGGAUCUGAGAGCUCCCCUGCAUGAUUGCCAAGAGAUCAUGGCAGAAGUCACCCAGGUGCGCCCCGACCUCCAGGACACCGCACUACCCAACAGUGAGUUGGUAUGGUACACUGAUGGAAGCAGCUUCGUUAUAGAUGGUGUGCGGAGGGCAGGCGCAGCGGUGGUAGACCAAGGGGGAAACAUCAUUUGGAAUGCCUCGCUUUCCCCGGGGACAUCAGCACAGAAGGCCGAACUGAUCGCGCUGGCGGAGGCGCUGGAACGGGCCGAAGGGAGACGGGUGACUGUCUACACCGAUAGCCGCUACGCCUUUGGCACUGUCCAUGUGCAUGGCGCUAUCUACCGGGAAAGAGGCUUUGUUACAGCGGAAGGAAAGACUCUGCGCAAUCUUCCUGAGGUACGAAGACUGCUGUUGGCUGUGCAAAUGCCCCGGGCAGUCGCAGUUGUCCACAUCCCUGGGCACCAGUCUGCCCAGACCCCGGAAGCUGAAGGAAACCGGCGAGCGGAUGAAGCCGCCAAGGCAGUGGCAGUAGCUUCAUCAGCUUUAGCACUCACCCUGCCCACACCUGAGCUCCCUCACCUGCCCCCGCGACCUGACUACACUCCAGAAGACCUGCGAUGGAUCCAGAACCACCACUGCCCGGAAUCUGAUCAGCAGGGGUGGCAUCGGGAUACAGAAGGAAGAUUGAUACUGCCGGCACAGCUAGGACUGUUUCUUCUCUCCAACCUGCAUCAAGCCACCCACUUAGGAAAAAAGAAGUUGCUGACAAUUCUCGAGUCCGCCCGCCUCCGGUUUCCCCGACAAGCGGCUCAGAUUCAAGAGAUUGUAGAUCAGUGCAUUGGGUGCCAGGCUAUGAGACCCAGUAGGAAAGGACCCCAACAUACAGGUACGAGGGUACGGGGAAGAGCGCCGGGACGGAGUUGGGAAGUGGAUUUUACUGAGGUAAAGCCUGGGAGGUAUGGGUAUAAGUACUUGCUAGUAAUGGUUGACACAUUUUCGGGCUGGGUGGAAGCCUUCCCCACGAAACGGGAGACUGCCCAAGUGGUUGCUAAGGCAUUACUAGAAGAAAUUAUUCCCAGAUAUGGGGUUCCUGAGGUUUUAGGCUCCGAUAACGGCCCAGCUUUCAUCAGUAACGUCCUACAAGGGCUAGCCCGAGCGAUAGGGAUCAAUUGGAAGUUACAUUGUGAAUAUAAUCCCCAGAGCUCAGGGCAGGUAGAGAGAAUGAAUCGGACUCUAAAGGAGACCUUGUCCAAACUAGCCAUCGAGACUGGCGGGGACUGGGUGACCCUCUUACCCUAUGCCAUCUUCCGGGUCCGGAACUCACCAUAUGUACAUGGUUUGACACCUUUCGAAAUUCUGUAUGGGGCACCACCCCCCAUUAUUGUUCGUACUCUACCAGAUCAUGACCCCAAUGUGGCCCCAAGUUAUCUGGCCAGUUUAAAGGCCCUACAAGGGGUCCAACAUGAGAUAUGGCCCCUAGUGAGUUCCCUGUAUGAAAUUAAGGACGCCCCGAACCCGGAACAUGGCAUCGUUCCAGGGGAUUGGGUAUGGGUAAGGAGACACAGGUCCCGGACACUGGAGGAGAGAUGGAAAGGUCCUUAUGUGGUUAUUCUGGUUACCCCCACUGCCUUAAAGGUUGACGGCAUUGGGCCUUGGGUCCAUCACUCUCACAGCAGCAGCAGCAACUCCUGUGGCCAUACGUGUCUCACAAAAUGUAUGAAGUUUGCAUUCAUUGUCCACCUCAAUGAGUUUCUGGCAACCAGUGGCUGGGAAAGAGACGGUCAGCUUCAUCCUGAAGCAGCUGACCUCCUCCGCGCCACAAAAAAGAGCCAAGGGAAGGUUCUGUGCAAAUAA